UGGUAUCCCAGCAUGCAUCAGUGACGUCAAUGCCACAGACCCCUCUAGCAAGAAUUGAGGUGUGGCUACCAUUGUGCUGUAUUUGAAUUGGAUAUUCUUCCUGCAUCAUCAUAGGUAUAAUUUAGGGAUAUAAACGCAAUGGCUGCGAUAAGAAAGAAGUUAGUAAUCGUAGGUGAUGGUGCUUGUGGUAAAACAUGCCUGCUAAUCGUCUUCAGUAAGGAUCAGUUCCCUGAAGUCUACGUGCCUACCGUGUUUGAAAACUAUGUAGCCGAUAUAGAAGUAGAUGGAAAACAGGUUGAGUUAGCUCUUUGGGAUACAGCUGGACAGGAAGAUUAUGACCGCCUUCGACCACUCUCUUAUCCAGACACAGACGUCAUUCUGAUGUGUUUCUCCAUCGACAGUCCAGACAGUUUAGAAAACAUCCCUGAGAAGUGGACGCCGGAGGUGAAGCACUUCUGUCCCAAUGUCCCAAUCAUCCUAGUAGGCAACAAGAAAGAUCUACGAAAUGAUGAAAGUACCAAACGAGAGCUCAUGAAGAUGAAACAGGAACCAGUACGGCCUGAAGAUGGUCGAGCAAUGGCGGAGAAAAUUGGUGCUUUUUCUUAUCUAGAAUGUUCUGCAAAGACUAAAGAGGGAGUGAGGGAAGUAUUUGAAACAGCCACAAGGGCUGCGUUGCAGGUGAAGAAGAAGAAAAAGGGAGGGUGCCUACUUUUGUAGUCCUGGUCGCAUAACACCAAACAUAGAAAUGGGUUGGGUAUUUCCAUCCCUAGAAAAACUAACAACAUCUUCAUUAUCAUUUUCUGGGAACAUGAGCUGAAGUUGGAGACAGUUUUGAGACAAUUUUUUUUCAUGAACUCAACCUGCAUCUAAAACUGCAAGCUGUGAAAAUUGUCGUGUAGCAUUUUCAUUGGUCUACGGACAAGUUUCAUAGCUUGUGAACUUGAUUGCUGGUCAUGUCGUUGGUUUGAUGAACUGUAUGUGUUUACAGACUUUGUGUGUGGAAGUUUGUCACCAUAACCAGAGAGCAACCAGCAGGGGGAGCCAGGUGACCAGUAGUGCACCAGAAGAUGGUGCUACACCAAGAAGUGCCAUCUAAAAAAGCACGAUUUAUACAUUUCCUAAUUGAUAAGGGUUUCCCAUCAAAUAACUCUUUCACUUGGUUACCGAAGUUUUUAUGAAAGUAAUUAUAAAUCCCCCUUUCUAGUAACCUCUUGGAUAUGGUGCAUAAACACACAGAAAGAAAGCUAGGUUGAGUUGAUAUGUAUACUUUUAUGUGCAGCUCCCAGGAAAAUGUAUAUUAAUAUGUGCAGUCAGGUGCAAUGGCUGUCAUCAUUGUAUUUUCAGUGUAUAGAAAUCAGUUGUAUAGCUUGCUGGAUAUCUCUGCUUGAUGCAUGUGUUGCAGGUGGCUUGUCUUGAGUUUUCAAAAUUAAGAGGAAAGAAAAUGACUGUUGAAAUGUUAUUUUCAGCCAGUUGUAACAUUUAGUGCUAUUUUACAAUCAGUGCAAAAAAGGGAAAUGUUUAGGUUUUGGUUUACUGAAUAAAAUGUGAAAAAUUGACUUCUAUUGCAAUUUGGCAUUCUAGAGUUAUCUCUGUAGCUUCAAUGUUGCCUGAGAAAAGGAACUUUUUAAAUUGAACAAAAGUAAUCAAGUAUUCAAAGGUAAUUUUGAUAACAAUUAAAACUUUCACACUUCCAGAAAAUUGUUUACUUAUAUUUAUUUCCAUAUGCCAAACGUAGGGUUUAGUUGUAAAAAAUAAUUGAAAAUUAAUGGUCAAAUUACUUCGGGGUAAUUACUAUGUAUUAUAGCAACGAUAGAAGUAGAAUUAGCUUAGAUGAAAACUCUGAAGUGCAGGAAGAGACAAAUACAGCUAUUUUCUCUGUAGUCUACAACUCUUCAGCUCCAUUCACUCUAAACUUACUGUUUCUAAUAGAUUUAGUAUUUUUUUCUGGCAUGGCGCACAGCUGGAUGUGAGCUCUGCUUCACAAGAAGGACACGGCUUCAAACCAUUAUCAAUAUCAGCCACUGUGGCAGAAAUGUGGCUCAUAACACACUGCGUUGUAUACUUAGUGAGAUGGUCUGAAGCUGCACUAUUUUCGGGAAGUUUUGAUAACUAACUAUGCCACACAGGGUUUGGGGUAGCAUUAGCAAUAUUUUUCUGCUCAGCCAAGUCGCUGCUUUUUCCAUCUUAUUUUUCUCAAAACGGUCUAAUUUUGACUGAAACAAGUCAAAUCAACCCUAUUUUGUUGAGCCAUUUUAAGUCAGUUUUAGCAUUUGGUUAAAUUGGUGUGUUGGCACUACCCCAGGGGGUUUAACUCUCCUUUGCAAGUUAUCAACAAAUUUUCUUCCUUAUGUUUUUGAAAUCAAUUAAUUGGCUGUCUGUUAUGUGAUAGCAAAGCUAGUGAGUUGUCAAUCUCUCAAAGUGAGAUAGUUUAGACCGUCUCAGUUAAGUUUACUGCUAGGUGUGCUAAGUUGACUUUAGAAAUUUAUUUCAUUGGAAAAUUUGGCAAAACUACAUUUUCAUGGAGAUUGUUUUUGGUCUGAUUGAAAGGUGUAUAUGUGAAAUUCAACUGAAAGAAUAUAAACAGGUUGAAUGUGCUCUCUGUGUAUGCUAUUAUAAUAGUAAAAGAAAACAUUUUCUAUCUACAGAGAAAAGAUGGCUUUGUAUUCCACAUUUUUAGUAACUGUAGUUUUACUAUCAAGUUGCAAUAACUGUAUUUGCUGAGUAUGUAUAGUGAACUGAUUUUUCUUGACUGUCCAAUCUAUUAAAGGAAUAAAUUAAUAGUAACUACA